AGAGCGACGAAGGCGACUCUCAGUGUGCAGGACGACCAGCGCGAGGCGCCAUGCGCGGAAAAGAACUCGCGGACAGGCUGACGGGCUGACAGGCUAAGACUAGGCCAUCUGGCGGCGACUGGCGGUUAGGUCAUGUUUUGGUCAGAUUGCACAACUAGGGUGCACGGCGCAAAAAAAAAAAGAAAAUAAUUAAAAAUGCUGAAACUUUUUUUAAAUUUUUUUAUUAACAGUGUGGUUGUGUGUGUGUGUGUCCGAUCCGUUUCCGCCUCAACAGUCCCGUCGAAGGCUACGCCGCUGCAACAUGCGUCCGGAAAGCACGCAGAAGAUGCUGUGGUCCGGCUGCGUGCGCGGCCCGCUGCGGUGCGCGCGCGCCUUCCUGUGUCCGGCCAGGGGCAGCAUGCGGAUACCGGCGGGGCGGAUGGCGCAUCGCGUGGUCCCCGUCAUCCGCACGGACUCUCCGCCCCCCGCGCCGCCCCCGGACCCGCCCCCGGACGCGCCCCCGGCAUGCGCGGCCCAGGACCUCCACGCCGGCGGCGGCCUCGGCGGCGGCGUCGCGGCCCCGGACGGCAUGGCGCGGCUGUCGGUGCCCGGCUCCUUCGUCAGCUACCUGGACCCCGCCGACGAGGCCGUCUUCCUGGGCACCAACAACUCCGCGGGACGCUACUUCGCGCGCCACGACUCGUACAGGCGGGCGGUGGGAGCGGAGGGCGCCCAGCGCGAGUUCAGAGCAACACCCGACUGGGCCGAGUCUGCGAUCAACGGCGAGCACCUGUGGUCGCCCACCACGCAGUCCGGGGACAUGUGCUACGUCGGCGAGCCUGAAUGCACGAAACACGGGCCGCGGUACAAGUGCGCGGCCUGCAAGAUCGUGGCGCACCAGUCGUGCGUCCCGAUCCUGCUGGACCGCCUCCGCUUCACCUGCAAGGCCACCUUCCGGGACGUGGGGGUGCGCGCCUACCGCGAGCAGGCCAGCACCGCCGUCACCCACCACUGGGUGCACCGCCGCAGCCAGAAGGGGAAGUGCCGCCAGUGUGGCAAGUCGUUCCAGUCCAAGUUGUCGUUCAGCUCCAAGGAGAUCGUCGCGCUGAGCUGCAGCUGGUGCAAGACGUCGUACCACAACAAGGAGGCCUGCUUCAACUUGACGCGCAUCGGCGAGGAGUGCACCCUCGGCUCCCACAAGAGCAUCGUGGUGCCGCCGUCCUGGAUCGUCAAGCUGCCCAGGAGGGGCAGCUUCAAGUCGAGCCUGCGCAAGUCCCCCAAGAAGAAGGGCUCCUCCAAAAAGAAGACCAAGGACAAGGCUGAGAAGGAACCGCGCGCGUUCGUGAUCAAGCCCAUCCCCACCGCCAACGUCAAGCCCGUGAUCGUGUUCAUCAACCCCAAGAGCGGCGGCAACCAGGGCACCAAGCUGCUGCAGAAGUUCCAGUGGCACCUCAACCCGCGCCAGGUGUUCGACCUCACGCAGGGCGGGCCCAAGAUGGGGCUGGAGCUGUUCCGCAAGGUGCCGAACCUGCGCGUGCUGGCGUGCGGCGGCGACGGCACGGUGGGCUGGGUGCUGUCCGUGCUGGACCAGCUCGCCUUCCACCCGCCGCCCGCCGUGGGGGUGCUGCCCCUGGGCACCGGCAACGACCUGGCCCGGGCGCUGGGCUGGGGAGGGGGCUACACCGACGAGCCCAUCUCCAAGAUCCUGUCCAACAUCGGCAACAGCGAGACGGUGCUGCUGGACCGCUGGCAGCUCAAGGUGGAGAAGAACGUGGACGCCAAGGACAAGGGGGACGGCAAGGAGCAGCUGCCCCUGUCCGUCGUCAACAACUACUUCUCCAUGGGCGUGGACGCGCACAUCGCACUCGAGUUCCACGAGGCCAGAGAGGCCCACCCGGAGCGCUUCAACUCCCGCCUCCGCAACAAGAUGUUCUACGGGCAGAUGGGCGGCAAGGACUUGGUGCGGCGGAAGUGGAAGGGGCUGGCCGAGCUGGUGACGCUGGAGUGCGACGGCAAGGACCUGACCCCCAAGCUCAAGGACCACCGCGUGCACGCCGUGGUGUUCCUCAACAUCCCCAGCUACGGCGGCGGCACGCACCCCUGGAACCGCGCCUCGGGCAUCGAGCAGGCCACGGACGACGGCCUCAUCGAGGUGGUGGGGCUCACCACGUACCAGCUGCCGCUGCUGCAGGCCGGCGGCCACGGCACCUGCAUCGCGCAGUGCCGCACGGCGCGCAUCGUCACGUCCAAGACCAUCCCCAUGCAGGUGGACGGCGAGGCCUGCAAGCUGGAGCCCUCCGUCAUCACGCUGUCGCUGCUCAACCAGGCCACCAUGCUGGCCAAGCGGCGCGGCGGCCGGCCCCAGGCGCAGGAGGCGGCGCAGGAGUCGCUCAAGGUCACGGUGCUCAAGAUCAGCAUGCCCGACUACGAGCAGCACCACUACGACAAGGAGCUGCUCGCGCAGGCCGCCCAGCCCAUCGGCGAGCUGGAGACGGGCCCCGCCUCCGACCUGGAGCAAGUGAGGGCCAUGAUCGGCAAGAUGGAGAGCCCCAACAUCCCCCCGGACUGGUGCUUCGUGGACUCGUGCACGGCGGAGCGGUUCUUCCGCGUGGACCGCGCCCAGGAGCACCUCCACUUCCUGAUGGACGUGGCCGCCGAGCAGCUGUUCAUCCUGGAGGAGGUGGCGGACGUCGCCGACACGUCGGGCGGUUCCGGCGGCUCGGGCGCCGCGACGAAGGACGUCUCCCGCGAGACCUCGCAGGAGACGUCCCAGGAGAUGUCGCAGGAAGUGCUGUCUCCGUCAGACGACCAGUCCACGUCGGACCGGGCUUCACCGGACCCCCUCACCGAGGACAAGGAAUCCUUUACUACUGUGUCGGCGUCCGCCGCUGCCAUGCCUGCCCCCCACGCCCCCCUCCCCCACGCCCCCUCGACCUACACCCCGGUCUACUCCACUGACGGCGUUCCCAUCUCAAACACGGACAACGCUGCCGCCGGCUCCAGCCGAACGCAACAAAAGUUGUUUGGACUGAACUAUGUUAAGUACAGUCAUUUACUUGAGAAAUCUUCAGAAGACGUCCUCAGAGCUUCACGAGAGAAUGAUCUAAGAAGGCUGAGGGAUCUCCAUCAGCAAGGCUAUUCCAUGCUGUCUAUCGAUGCCGUCGGCCAGACUGCUCUUCACAUUUCUGCCAGGGCAGAUCAUCGUGAUAUUGUCAAGUACCUGCUAGCAAAUGCCCCACCUGCCAUUGUCGACAUACCAGAUACAGAGAGAGGGCAGACCGCCUUGCAAGUGGCUGCCGCUGGGGGCAGAAGAUCAGUGUGCUGCCUGCUAGUGGCUGCUGGGGCUUCCCUCGUCGUCCGGGACCGCCAGGGCCGGACCGCCAAGCAGCUUGCCCUGCAAGCCAAUGACUCAGAGCUUGCCCAUUACCUUGAAAGCCAAGAACGCUUUCACCUUGUGACGGAGGAUGUUGAAACCAUCGUCUAGCAGACUUGUCGUAUUCACACCUUUCUCCUGCCCUGCCCCACCCCGCAUGAGUAGCCACUGUUCGAGCUGGACGCUGCCCCUGAUUGAGCCUCGGUGGGCAUGCGGCCUCGGCCAUCCUGUUGCAUCCUGUACAGCCAGCUGUCCUUAGCAGGCUUUCAUCCUUUGCUCGUGUUUUUUGGGUGGAGUGUGGUCUGGUCCGAAGCCCCGGGCCCACCCCUCUCCUCCCUCAACAGCCCUGGUGUGGCAUGGCGUUGUUUGGUAUGAUAAAUCUCAUCUUACAUCCUAUUACCAUCUUGGAUUGCACGUGCAGCGAUACCAAGAUGUGUCAUCUCAUUGGACCCGUUUUGUCCCUGCGUUGAUGCCAAUAUGACCAACAAAUAGUCUCUAAGACUCAAAUAGUCCCUCUAGGAAGACUAUGAUUUAAUUACUUUACUUGUUUUCUAGACCUGUCUUAUCUUGCUCUGCCAUACUGUUACUGUCUCAAAUGUGUUCUGCUUUGUGAACAAUGUUUCAUGUAAAGAGAUAGAUUUACCACACUUUGAUUGUUAUGUCACAUUCGGUUAUUGUGACAAUUCUAGACAUCAUGUGCGAUUGUUUGGUGCAUGGUUUUUAUUGGAAGUAGUUGAAUCUCAUUGUAGCAAAAAAAAUUAUGUGCAAGUUCAGACUUCUUUGUUGUUAUUAUCAGGCGUCUUUUACUUGCCACUUUUACAGUGAUCUUAUUUACUAGUGUGAUAAGUACUAUGUUUUGAAUCUUAAAUAAAUAAAUCUAUUUUGUGAUGCAAUAAUAUAGUAUGUCAAAGUCUCUCUAAGUGAAAUCAAUGUAUAAAUAAUUUUUUCACUUGAUGUUCAUUAGGUCUUCCAUUUGCUCUUGUUUUUUUGAAAAAUUCAUCUAACUUUUGCAUUUGUCUAAUUUUGAAUUGAUAAUUUUCUUAUUUACAUCAGUUAACAUUACUUACAGUAGGUCUUCACCUUUUAUAGGUAGAAGCUGUACAUACCUUUUUCAACCUCAACUCUGUGUAAUCAGUAGAAAUGUUUGAUGAAUCUUGAAAUUUGCUUGAAGGUGCGCUCUUCUGACUAAUCUUUACCUGUUCACUGAGAUUUUUAUCACUUACUUGUAAAAUGUCUUACAUUAAAUUUGAAAUAAUGUACACUCCACAUUCGUGCAUGCCUUGUCUUGUCAACGUUUUGUAAAUACCAAGUUUUCAUUUUGUUCUUAUCUUAAAAUUUGCUAGUACCCUGGAUGAUUGUGUAAGUUUGAGGUCUGUGAAAAUGCUGUGAAAUCCUGUACUGUAUGUACUUUUAAUUUUUAUUUUAGACCCGACUGCUCCCUUUUUGCAUAUUGUCACUAAAGAUCCCCCCUCCCUUUUUUCUUUAUUUGCUAUGACAGUGCGGCUCUGAUUAGUUAAAUUGCAUCUAUUUUUCUCUUUCUUAAAGAGUACUAAACCACUUUGAAAAGGCUUUCCAGUCUAGGGCAUUCAUGCUGUCUACAUGGAAACAGUUGAUUGCAUUCAACAACAGUGGUUAACUUUUUUCUCAUUAUAUUUUGAAUAAUGUCAAUUUUUAGUAUUUUUUUUCUCAUUAACUGUUAAUACAUUGUACUGUUAAGAAAUCUUUCAUAAAGUCAAAUAUGCUAAGGGAUUGGCUCUGUAAAUAUUGUUAUUUAUAAGGACAUUGUAACUUUUACCAAACACAUUAAUAGGAAAUCCUUUUUUGUCUUUUGUUCUUGAUUCAGAUAAUGCCCGUAGCGAUGCACUUUCUCUUUGUCCAAAAGCUCUUAGUUGAUGUACCUAACUGAGAUGCUCAAAGCAAUAAUAAUUCAGCUGUUGUUGUUUUUGUUUGUUCAUAAAUUUCCAGCAUAACUGUGAACCGGCUGUGGCCCUAUUAAAGAUGAGUAGGUGCAACAUAGCUACAAAUUGAUAGGUGUACUGGUUGUUUAAUUUUGUAAGUGCAAUAUACAUCAGUUUUGUUUUGGAAGUUUCUUAUGUGGACCACUCUAGUCUUUUGUAGUGCUCUGUUAUGGCAAGAAAUGCUUUACGUUUUUCUGACAGGGUGUCUGCCUUAAAUUUAUUUAAUGGCUGAGAAGUGAUUUUUAUCUUCAACUAUUUGCUUGUAAGAGUUUUUUUAAUAAUGUUAGGCAAAAAUGUGGAAGGUUUUGCUGUGUCAUUUCUUGGAGACGUGUGUUGGCAAAUAAUGUUGAUUAGCACCCAAGUUGGUAGAUUGAACCAGCCUUAUGAUGUUUUAGCUACCAUUCUUUUUCAUUCUUCUCAAAGGGAAUGCUAUUCCUUUUGGUAGUUAAAAAGGUGUAGUAAAUCAGUCUUUGCUUGGUUAGUCAGGGUACUGAUAUGAUGCCAACCCACAAUAUUCUCAGAGAAGUGAAACAAAAUAAUGUCAGCUCAUUUCUACAUUCAUAAUGAUAUUUAUUUUUUAUCCCUGUAAAUAUUAAAUUAUGUUUCAUCAGAGAUUUCUAGAAUUUGUGUUUGUUAUAAAUGCUUGUCCCCCCUCCCCCUCUCUCUCUCCCCUGUUACAAUUAGGAAAAAAAGAUGUUUUAUGGUAGAGUGAUGAUAGUGUUGUGGAGGUGUUCUGUGAUGUAUGUGUAACCUGCAUAAGCAAAGCAAAGUUGUGUCCAAGUUGUUGCACCUAAAGUCUUGCUACACCAAUACUUUUAAUGUAUUGCUGCCAUCUCCAAUCUCUUUUCCUGUUUUGUUUUACUUCUAUAGUCGUCUGAGACUGACACAUCUUUCCGAGCAAUAUUAAAUGCAAAAUAUCCUCUUAUGUCUCCCUCUAUUUUAGUAACUUAUUGUAGUAAUGAAUGAUGAAUGUAUGUACAUAACUGAUUACUGCUCUUCCUAUAAGAAUGAAUGGACCACUUGUAGUAAAGUAGGCACUCUCACUCUGUCUUUGCAACAUUUUGUAUGAGCUAAGAUUGUGAGCAGUGUAUAAUGGAAUGUUUGGAAAAUGCAUAUCAUAUCUUUUACAAAACUUAUUGUAAAUAUUGAUACAUGAUACAUGACAAUCACAUAUCGUAGAUGCAUAUAUUGCUUCAGACGCUGUUGACAUUUUCUCUCCCCUCAUUUGGAUAAAGCCAGAGUUCAGAUCUGGCUUUCAACAAGUGAUUAGAAAUUUAAUCCAUCGCUGAUCCAUCCCAUGCUAGCAGUCAUAGUUGCAUUUCUCUCCUUAAAGAUGAGUCAUUCCAUGUUGUUGUUGUUGUUGUUGUUUGUGGCUGUUUGAGACCUUCACAAUUUUGCUCAAUAGGAAUAUGUGAAGUUCCCUUGCCACUAGAAAACAGCUAAAGUCAGGAAUCUCCAAGCAUUGAAUAAAAACUUUAUGGAAUGACUAUUCAGUUUGCAUGCAUGUUCCACAUUCCAAUUAAAUGUAUUGAAUCUUCAUUUUAAAAAUUUUCCUCUUUCAAAGAAUAAUUUAUGGUUCAAAAUCAAAUUUGCAUUAGUGUGGAGUUUUUAUGUCUGAUCGGACUGCACUCAACCAUCUUCAAUUUAAGUACACAUCUGAAAAAAAUCCCCCCCUCUUAAUUCUUUGCAAAAAAAUUACUUUUCUUCAAAAAUAGAUGAUGCAUGUCGGUUUGUUAAACUUGUGUGUUUUCAGUCCUGAACAAACCUGGUUGCCACUUUGCAGCCUGAUUUCUUGGGGUGAACUUUGACUGAAAACUACCACUAUUUUUGGUGAGAAAAUGAACAAAAAAAAUGUAUUAAGUAGUGGUUUUAGUUCACAUUUAACAACAUUCCAAUCCCAAAUGUUCUCCUGUAUCGUAGCUUCACUCUCACAGUUCUGAAAUCCACAUCGACACAGUUAAAAUCCUCUAAAUAUUAAUUCUAUUCGUAAGGGUGUGAGUUGACUCACCAACCCAUCUUCUGUACCAAAGAAACUACUAAGGUUUUUGAAGAAAUUGUGUCAAAGUUAAUGUUAUUGUGUUAAGCUAUCACAUUUGUAAAAAUGUAUGGAAUAUACAUAAAAUAUGUGAUACAACUGGUGUAACCGUUAAUAAAAAUUUAUGAAAAUAAUUUUA